AUGUCGGUGGCAAAGAGACAACGAAGAAGCAUUGAUGAUACAAAUGCACCUAACAUACAAGAAUCAACACUGCUUGAAAACGGGCACCAGGGAACUGUAUACUGUACUAAAUUUAAUCAUGAAGGCACCAAAAUAGCCAGUGGUGGACAUGACAAAACUAUCCAAUUGUGGAACCUACCUACAUCUACAGAAGAUCCUGAUCCAAAUUACUUAGAGCUCCUUGGACACAAAGGUUCAGUAAUAUCUGUGAGUUGGUUGUUUGAUGAUGGUACCUUAGUAAGUGGAUCUGCUGAUUCAACUAUUGGAUUUUGGGACGUGUUUACAGGACGAAGGUUGAGAAAAUGUACUGGGCAUGAAGGUGUGAUUAACCAAGUAACUACAUGUUCUGAUCAUGUUGUAUCUGUUGGUGAUGACGGGAAAUUGUUGUUUUGGGAUAUACGAUUUAAAGAUCCAGUAGCCAAUGUUCAAACCAAAUAUCCCUUGUUAUCAUGUGUAUUUAACCACAAGGGAAAUACUGUUUACACAAGUGGAAUAGAUCCUGCAAUUACGGCAUAUGAUGUUCGAGUACUCAACAAACCUUUAUGGAAGGAAGAGAAUGGCAAUCACUCGUCCGUUACUUCUUUGGCUAUAAGUAAAGAUGACACCAUGCUACUUAGUCGGUCAAUGAACGGUGCAAUUCUUACAUACAAUGCCAGUGACAUUGUCCCUACCAACAUUCCCCGUGUAAACACACAUGGAUACAUUGGUGCUCCUUCAGGAAAGGAAAAUUUACUAAUUCGAGCAUGUUUUAGUAAUGAUAAUAUUCGCAUAGUUUCAGGUUCUGAAGAUGCCCAUGUUACAGAAUGGGACUUGGGAUCGCAUGAGAUAAUCGGCAAGUACAAUGGCCAUGAAGGUGCUGUUGUGGAUGUUGAUUAUCAUCCAGACCAAAAGAUUGUAGUUUCUUGUUCUACUGAUUCACGAGUCAUAGUUAGAGAAUUAUAA